GCUGAAGCUUCUCUUGAGAAGUGGAGACUCUCCAAACUGGCAGGACUACACAACAGACCCAGGAGAGACAACACACAGUUCUGGGAUUACUUCUUGAGGAAUAUUCUAAUCGUAAACUCACACUAACUUCACACAGCAUUUGGCUAUCAUUUUCUUCUGUUGAACAGUUUUCACCAGGGUUUGUACAACACGGGACUAUUUUGAAAUCAUAACAAUUCCUUUCACAAUAGUCCCACAGGCGUUGUGAGUCUGGCAAGCAGAGGCUCCUUUCACACAAGCUUCAACGUAUCUUUCAAGUAUCAUCAGUUGUUUUUGGACUAUUUGGGCUGUGGACUGCCCAAUUCACCGUCUUGAGUCACUCUGACUGCCUGGACCAUUUUACGUUUUUAUAAACCGUUUUUGGAGACUAUUCUACCCGAGGACGACCCUACCUCUCAUUGCCAUGGCAAACAGCUGUCUCCAGCUCAGCGGUUUUGUGAUGAGUUGUAUCGGCUGGGUCGGGAUCCUUAUCGCCACGGCCACCAACGACUGGGUAGUGACAUGUAAAUACGGCAUGAACACCUGCAAGAAGAUGGACGAGUUAGGAGCCAAGGGCCUGUGGGCUGAAUGUGUCAUUUCAACCGCCCUCUAUCACUGUAUAUCACUGACACAGAUAUUGGACCUACCGGCAUACAUCCAGACGUCGAGGGCGUUGAUGAUAACUGGAUCCCUCCUGGGGCUGCCUGCAGUGGGGAUGGUCCUAACAGCCAUGCCCUGCAUCUCUCUGGGUGAUGAGCCUCAGUCAGCCAAGAACAAACGAUCACUACUUGGGGGAGUUCUCAUACUGCUAGUGGCUCUGUGUGGGGGGGUGUCCACAGUAUGGUUUCCUAUUGGAGCCCACCAGGACCAGGGACUCAUGUCGUUUGGGUUCAGCCUGUACGCUGGCUGGGUGGGCACGGCCUUCUGUCUCCUGGGAGGGGCCAUGAUCACCUGCUGUUCUACUGAACCGUCCCAACACUACAAUCACCAUGACAACAACAGGUUCUACUACUCCAAAGGACAGGGGCCUGGCAACCCUGUUCCACCCUCCACUAACCACGCCAAGAGUGCCCAUGUUUAGACACACAUGAAGUACAUGCAUGCACACACAGACGCACACCAGUGGAGAGUAACUCAGAGCGGUGUCUAACCUGGUGCCUGAAGAGAAACCAAGGGGUCCUGAUCAGGACAACCCUGCUCUGACGAAGGACUUAUUUUAAUCUCUUUUGUUAUACAAUGAAGGCUAGGUUUAGGGUUCUUUGUUCUACAAUGAAGGCUAGGUUUAGGGUUCUUUGUUCUACAAUGAAGGCUAGGUUUAGGGUUCUUUGUUCUACAAUGAAGGCUAGGUUUAGGGUUCUUUGUUCUACAAUGAAGGCUAGGUUUAGGGUUCUUUGUUCUACAAUGAAGGCUAGGUUUAGGGUUCUUUGUUCUACAAUGAAGGCUAGGUUUAGGGUUAUUUGUUCUACAAUGAAGGCUAGGUUUAGGGUUCUUUGUUCUACAAUGAAGGCUAGGGUUAGGGUUCUUUGUUCUACAAUGAAGGCUAGGGUUAGGUUUCUUUGUUCUACAAUGAAGGCUAGGGUUAGUUUUCUUUGUUCUACAAUGAAGGCUAGGGUUAGGGUUAGGGUUCUUUGUUCUACAAUGAAGGCUAGGUUUAGGGUUCUUUGUUCUACAAUGAAGGCUAGGUUUAGGGUUCUUUGUUCUACAAUGAAGGCUAGGGUUAGGUUUCUUUGUUCUACAAUGAAGGCUAGGGUUAGGUUUCUUUGUUCUACAAUGAAGGCUAGGGUUAGGGUUAGGGUUCUUUGUUCUACAAUGAAGGCUAGGUUUAGGGUUCUUUGUUCUACAAUGAAGGCUAGGGUUAGGUUUCUUUGUUCUACAAGGAAGGCUAGGUUUAGGGUUCUUUGUUCUACAAUGAAGGCUAGGGUUAGGUUUCUUUGUUCUACAAUGAAGGCUAGGGUUAGGAUUAGGGUUCUUUG